AGCAUCAAUAGUAAUGUCGAGUGAUCGUAUCAGGUGUUUUCCUUGAGUAGCAUUUAUAUUUAGAGUACUUGACACUGACAGAUACUAAAAUAAUUAACGUGAUGCUAAAUCUAAAAAAAUCACGAUCGUUCGUUAUUUUACGCUGGCAACUGACCGCUGUGUUGAUCAAUUUGUAGAAUAUCUGUCAUUUUUAUAAAAAAAAAAUUACCAGGCGAUAAAUAAAAAUUGUGGAACUAAUUACAUUGUAUUGGGGACAUUGCACAUCUUUCAAAAGUUUGCUUUAUGAUUAAAAAUAUAUAAAUAAACUGAUAAGAAUUUUUUGCAUCAUUGAUACUUUCCUAAGUGACAACAACAAGGAUGAAUAUCAAUAUGGCAAGAACUGGAGCUACAAAAUUAUCAAAACUCCGCGAGCUGAUGGCAGCCGUUGAGUUUGAGGGUGCGGUAAAAAAAGGAAUUCAAGCCCUGAUAGUUGGCUCCGAAGACGCUCAUCUGUCGGAGUACAUAACAGAUCGUGACAAACGUCGGCAGUUCAUUUCCGGUUUCCAAGGAUCUCUGGGAACAGCAAUUAUCACUGACAAAGAUGCGAUGAUGUGGACAGAUGGACGGUAUUACGCCCAAGCACAAGCAGAAUUUGAUCCACCGGAUGCUUGGACGUUGAUGAAAGAGGGCACGAUUGGUACUCCAACUCAGGACGAAUGGCUGGUGUCCAAUCUUCCGCCAAACUCGACAGUCGGUGCUGAUCCAAACUUGAUGAGCUACGCGGUAUGGAUUCCCCUGCAUAAUUCCCUGAGUGCUGCUGGACAUAAUUUGUUGCCACUUGAAGAAAAUUUGAUCGACAAACUCUGGGGAGAUGAACAGCCUCCAGUAAUAUCUAAUCCAAUCGUGCCGCAGCUGAUAACUUUCACGGGCAAAACGGCUGGGGAAAAAAUAACACAAUGUCGAGAGGCAAUGAAAAAAAACCGAGCUAGUGUUCUUGUAAUUACGACUCUGGAUGAAGUCGCUUACUUAUUAAAUUUACGAGGCUCGGACAUACCUUACAAUCCGGUAUUUUUUGCGUACGUUAUCAUUACACUGACAGAUAUUCAUAUAUUUGUUGACAAGACGAGAUUGACUGCGGAAGCGGAAAAACAACUGAAUGAUGAAGGUGUUGAAGCUAUUUACCAUCCGUAUGAGGAUGUGAGGUCGUAUUUGAAACAGCUUGCACUUAGCAAUUUAUUUAUCACGGGUAAUGGAUCGGAAAAUGAGAGAAUUUGGAUAAAUAGUAAUGCUAAUUAUGCUUUGCAUACUGAGUGUGGAGAUGUGCAGAGACAUAUUGCGAUAACUCCGGUGAGAUUGAUGCAAGUUAUUAAAAACCAAGUUGAAAUUGACAACAUGAAGGCGGCUCAUAUUAGGGACUCUGCUGCGCUGGUUAAAUAUUUCGCUUGGCUUGAAGAUAAAGUUAAAAGUAAAUGCGAUCCUCCGAUUACAGAAAUAACUGGUGCUGAUAAAUUAGAACAGAUUCGACGAGAACAAAAAAAUUUUGUUGGUUUGAGUUUUCCAACAAUUUCGUCAGUUGGACCUCACGGUGCUGUUAUUCAUUACUUGCCAUCACCAAAAACUGAUGUACCAAUUACAGACCAAGAGAUUUAUCUCUGUGACUCGGGUGCGCAGUAUUAUGAUGGAACUACUGAUGUGACAAGAACUUUUCAUUUCGGAACUCCAACAAGCUUUCAACGAGAAGCUUUUACUCGAGUAUUUAAGGGACAGACCGCUGUCGCUACGGCAGUAUUUCCUAUGAUGAUCAAGGGAAAUUAUUUAGACAUCCUAGCACGCAAAAGCCUCUGGGAUGUUGGCCUCCACUACUUGCACGGUAGUGGCCAUGGAGUAGGUGCUUAUCUCAACGUUCAUGAAUUCCCCACUGCUAUUUCCUGGCGCCCUUAUCCAGAUGAUCCUGGUUUACAACCAGGAAUCUUUUUAUCGAAUGAGCCUGGAUUUUAUGAAGACGGAAGUUUUGGAAUUCGUCUUGAAAAUGUUCAAUUUGUCAUCAAAGCUAAUACUCCUUACAACCAUAGGAAUUUAGAUUUCUUGACUUUUGAAACAGUUACUUUUGUUCCAAUUCAAACUUCUCUUCUUGACAUCGAUUUGCUUACCGAUCAAGAGAUUGAAUAUUUGAAUUCUUAUCACGCCAAGUGUUUAGAAAUACUCCGACCUUUUCUUCAAGGUGAAGAUGACAUUCAAGCUCGUCAAUGGCUUGAAAAAGAAACACUGCCAAUAUCAAGAUAGUAUUGAUACUAUACUUGACAUCAAUAAUCAAUUUCAUUCGAUUAUUCGAACCCAUUUGUCGAAAAGGAUACAAGUGGAUGUUUAUUAUAAUCAAUAUACAUUAUUUUUUUUUGAAUAAUAUACUUUUCUAUUCUCA